AUGGCAAGAAAAUCCAAGAGUCCAACUCCUCCAGACUCAGAUAACGACGGUGCUGACGUAGAAGAAUCUCAUCAGGAAUCUCCAAGAGGUAAUACUCCACCUAGAUCUCCAACUCCAACCGAAUCUCCUUCUCAUAAACAGCCAACCCCAACUCCAUCACCGAAACCGAAAGUCACAGUUUCGGUUGUUCUUACAUCAACCUCUAUUUCAACACCACCUGUCAUUUCUGUUUCAAUUCCCACAACUACUUUCACCUCUACUAUAUCACAAACACCACAUGUGUCUUCUACACUAUUUCUACAAUACCUUUACCUCCUAUCAUUACCCAAACCACCACUACUACACUUCCUGAACAGACAAUGGUCGUCAACGUAUCUGAUACGAGGGCAACUACUGACACCCAACCUCCUGUCAUCACUAAACCGCUUUCUCCAACCAACUCAACCGGUUCCGAGCAUUCGUGAGAAGGUGGAUCAGUUACUUGAAGAUAACAAAGCUUAUGGUGGGCUAGUUCUUAAAGCUUUUGUGGAGACUCCCAUAGAACAAUAUACAACGGAUAUGGACAAAUCAACUAAUGCAAUCAAAGAAUCGGCUUCUACUUGCAGAAAAGCCUCUGCCGAUGUUGCUGAAGUUAUUCAAACUACACAGAUCUUUUUGGAUUCUCUUAAAGAGCAUGCUGAUACAAAUGCUGCCAAAAUCCAUGAAUCAGUCGAAUCUCUUUCAAACUCUCUACAGGAAGAAUAA